AUGGCCUCUGAACCGGAGCAGGAGGCGGUUGCCACACCGACAACCUUUGAGCUCGAGCUGCUGCUUCCCAAGCGGCCGCUUCUGCCAAAAAAUGUCGAAGCACUCGGCCUGCCAGAGACGCCGUCGCCCCUGCGAGUGGCCGUGUCGCAGCACGAAACGCUGAAUGAUUUGCGCGCGACGCUGAACGACAGUCCCGAGGGAUACUGGCUCGGCGCCUUCCGCUUCCGUCGCACGGACUCGCAUGCGCGGCCAGGUGAGCUCGUGAACGAAUGGGACGAGCUGCACGACGUGUUCCGUGACGAUGCCCCGGAGCAGCGCGUCCUGCAAGUUUCGCACGAGCCGUACAAUGACACCGAGGUGCGCUUGCACAUCCAGCGUCUGCGCGACCUGCUCGCUGGAACGCACUCGGAUCCAGCGAGCGUGAGCCUCGACGCCGGCGCCACGGUGCACGACGCCGUGUGCCAUCCCGCCGAAUGGGCCAACGAGGCACACACCGCCGCGCCGCCCAAGCCAACGUGGCGCGGAUGGCCCGCCGACGGCACGUCGCAGCUCUUCCCGUCGCUGACGAGGCGCGUGCGUGCCCUCCCCCGAUGCCUGCACGGUCUGUCGCUGAGCGCAUGGAACCCGCCACCGAAACCGCUUGCCUUGCGGGGCGACAUUCUGUACCUCGUGGCCGAUACGCUCGAGGGCGAAUCGCUGCACAUCACAGCGAGUGUGCACGGGUUCUAUGUGAAUGCAUCGUCGUCGCAGCGCUUCCAACCGCAGCCGCAUCCCCACAAGACGCUGCGUUCGUCGUCCCUCUUUGAUCUCCUGGCCGCCGCCUCCCCCCAGUUCCUCCAAAACUUUGCGCGUCUCUUCAACGAUCCUGUAUCGACGCGCGACUACUUCUCCGCCCUGCCCGUGAUGAACUCGCUCCCUGCUGCGCCGUGGCUCGCGCGCGAGCCCAGGCACGAGCCGGAUGCCAUGCGCGCGCAAACGGCCUUCCUCCUGUCUGGCGCCAUGUCGGCUGACACGCUCGAUGGCAGCCGCGACUGGAACGAGGAGCUGCAGUCGUCGCGUGAGCUCCCACGCACCUCGCUCGCCGAGCGUCUGAUGCGUGACCGCGUGCUGAACCGCCUGCACGCCGAGUUCACUCUCGCUGCCGCACGGGUCGUGCCGCGCGUGGCCGCUGGCGAUGUGCCUCCGAUGAACCCGGCCGACGCGCCGGCGGCUCACAUGUUCUUGUUCAACAACUUGUUCGUCACGCGCGGCAUCGACAGCGUGGGCAUGUACGACUACCUUGGCGGCGAUGCGGCCGCGCACGUCGCCGUCGGCAAGGAUGUGCAGGGCGUGCGGACGCUGGGUGUGCUCGACGUCGAAGGCGUGGGCCUGCUCGGCACGGUCGUGGUCGACUGGCUCGGCGAGCGCUGGGUCGUGCAGACCGUGCUGCCCGGCCUAUUUCGGCAGGUGGCGGCCGAGGCGGCUGCGUCCCAGACGGACGGCGCGACCGCAUCGCAUGUCGCGUACGGCGGCAUCGAGGGCCCGGACACGAUCCACUCGGACCCCGCCUUCCACGAGCUCCUUCGGAACGUCGGCAAGUCUCUGCACGUGGCCCCACACAGGAUGCGCGAUGCCCAGGGCACCGAGCAUGAGCUGUGCUUGAGCGUCGACUGCAAGGGUCUGCGUGGCACCGACGGCCGCAUGUACGUGCUCGACGUGUCGCGCCUCUGCCCCAUGGACGUCCACUGGUUCGAGCGUGACUUGCACGGCCCGGUGCUGGAGGGCUCCGAGUCGCCAGCGUACCCACACCGCCUCCCUCUCCUGCGCCCAGAGCUCAUCCAGACGUACUGGGAGACGCAGCUGCAUGACUUCGCGCGGUCCAAGCUCUCCCAGACCCAGCAGGAGGGCCAGACUCGGGUCGAUGUCUCCGACUUUGACCUCCACUUCCACCCCGAUGCGUUCGCCGAGUUCCGUACCGGGUCGGGUGACGAGGCGCGGGUGAUCCGCCCCGCCACAGACGAGUCUGAUCCAUCGAUCGCUGCCGUGCGCACUGUAUCGACGCAUCUGCGCGACACGGUGAUCGUGCGCCUUGUGAGCGACGUGGCUGCCGGCCUCGCGUCCGCGUCGGACGGCAUGGCGCUCACCCAGCAAAUGCACGCGCGGGGUAUCAACGUGCGCUACCUCGGCUACAUCGCCCACCUGUGCCAGCCCUCGCAGCGCUCGCGCUGGGACGAGACGGUCGUGUCGAAGCUUAGCUCGGGACACGAGGCGCUCGUGAGUGCCUACCGCCGUGUGGCGCUCCACGAAAUGAUCGUGCGCUCUGCCAAACACUGCCUGCGCGCAUACUUGCGCGGUGUCGAGCGCACGGAUGCGCCGGCGUGCAUCGCGCACUUCGCCAACUGUCUGCUCGGCUCGGAUCUCGAGCCGCAGCCGCAGCCAGCGCCGACGGAGUCCAAGGCAGCCUGGACAUCGCUGACGCCGGCUGCUCUGUUCGAUGAGCUCCGUGCCGAUAUCCGCCGCCGCUUCCGCUUCGAGCUCCCGCCCCUGUACCUCGAAACAGACCUGCGCAAGCCCCAGGUCCUGCGCGCGCUCUGUCUCAAGAUGGGCAUCCAGCUCGCCGUCCGCGACUAUGCCUUCGAGCCUACCCCUGCAUCGCAAACGCCUGCGUCCACGGGCCCCGCCAAGAAAAACAAGCGCACAGUGCCCAUGCCAGCACCCAAGCUGCAGCGCACCACGACCUUCGUUCCCGAAGAUGUCGUGAGCCUAUGCCCCAUCGUCAAGCUGUCCACGCCCAAGAGCACGCUCGUUGAGGAAGCGUUUGAUGCAGGCCGUGUGACAUUUGCGCGAGGCGAACGCGAAAUCGGGACGGAGCUGCUGCUCGAGAGCAUCGGCUUCCACGAGCAAGUAUACGGUCUCGUGCAUCCCGAAACGGCCAAGUGCUACUCGCUCUUCGCCACGUUCGUGCACCACUACUGGGUCGAAUUCGCUCGCGACGCUGCCAAAAAGAAGGCCGAAAAGAAAGAGGGCGAGGCAGAUGACGAAGAACCUCUGCCAGAACUUGUCAAGGAGACAUUCCAGAUCGAAAACGCCCUUCGCUUCCAGCGCCAAGCCGUCACCGUAUCGGAACGCACGCUCGGACUGGACCACCCCGACACGAUGGUGCACUACAUCAACCUGUCCGCGCUGGAGCGCUCGGCCGGCCACUUCGACGUCGCCCUGAGGUACCAAGACCGAAUCAUGGAGCUCUGGCAGCUCUUGUACGGUCGCGAUCACCCCGAUGCCGUGCACACACUCUCGUCCAUUGCCCUGCUGCUCCAGAGCCGCCAAGACUUUGACACGUCCCUCCAGGCGUACCAGUCGUCGCACGACCUGGCCUUGCGUCUCUUCGGUCCCGACAGCAUAUACACCGGCAACAUGGCGCAUGAACUAAGCCAGGCAUACACGCUCAGCGGCGAUCUCAAAACGGCCAUCCAGGUCGAAAAAGACGCAUGGCGCAUCUUCCAAGACAGGCUAGGCGCAGACGACGCUCUUACCCAAGAAAGUCAGUCUUUCCUCUCUGCCCUUGCAUCUAGUGCUGUACGCGUCGCCAAGCUGGAAAGCGCGGCAAAGCAACAGCAUGCGCAUGAUAUCGUCCGUGCUGCGUCGUCGUCGCGCUCGGCGCACACGCAGCGCACAUCCUCCCAUGUACAUGCCAACCCCGCCCUGGCCAACCGUUCCCUCGAUGAACUGGUAGAUUACAUCCAGGGCGCUCCCGGUACAGGCACAAGUCGUGCUGCACGCAAGCGCGCCGCACGCACCAAAAAGACUUAG